ACGUUACCGUUUCUCUUAUUGUCUUCGUUGCGAAAGUGCUAGAUAUACUUAAACGUAAUUUCGCUUUAUUUCGAAAGUACGCGAUCUGUACUUGAAAGUACAUACAUGUGUAUAGCGUGUACUAAUUAUUGAACAUUUUACAUAGCAUUUAUACUUCAAUAGUUGUACGAAAGAUCCGAAUUGAAAAUGUUUUCAUGGUAAUCGAUAGUUGACAUAGAUAAUAAAAUCCUGGAAAGGAUCGCUAAUAAUAUAUUAUAGAAAUUUUCUCAAGUUCUUUGUCUUCACUAUCCCAAGAGAUAUUAUUUUUCAUAAUAAUAAUUGAGAAAAGUGUAACGCCUCUACGCGCGAGGCUUUAGAAAUGUUUGAAAUUUUUCUGGACAGUGACGAUUUUCAGUUCAAAGUUGUCAUACCGCCGAAUCACGUGAGUCAAUGUGUAGAGAUGUAGAAACACACAAACACGAGAAGUACCGUUUCUCAAAACGGUCGGUCGUGAGUGCGACGAUAAUUUGCAACGUAAACGUUCGCAUACAGUUAGUUUCAGCACAAAUGAAGAGCAAACGUGAAAAAGGGGCAGAAGUAACCGCGGCAAGAAGAUAGAAAAGAUGUCUGUGGAAGAAAAAUAAGGACAGAAGCAGGCAGAGGGGAUUUUAUAUCCUUACCGGUGGGUAAGGUCAGAGGGAGGGCGGGAGGGAGGCGGAGAGAUUAACAGAUCACGAUACAAAGGCGGUUUUCCGAAGAAUAAUGCAACGAACGAGAUGAAAGAAGCGCGUUAAACUGCAAGCCAGGCGUUGGAAGCGAAAAGCAUUUCGAGCAGAAUGAAUGAGAAGAAGGAUACGUAGUAAAAGAGUACUCGAUCGAAACAGAGGAAAGAGAAAGCCGUACUGCGAAAAGGCAGAGCAGCAACGAGCGGAGGGAAGCGGUUGGAAGAAAGGAAGAGGAGAAACGAGAGAAGACAAAGCGGGAACCGAACGUGGAAAAGUACGAUUUUCGAAUAAGCCAGACAACGAGGGAGAAAUAAAAAAGAAAAAAAGGGAGGGAGGUGCGUUACACCCUGGAGUCCGAUGUUCAGAGUCGUGCGAUGGCCGGGGCUCUAUCUGAGAAUGCCCCGAGGCCUGUCAGUGUCGUCGCGGUAGAUGGUGCAACCGUUGAUACCACUAGGUGCAACCAACUCAACAGACCACAGGAGACCAGAGACAAUGGACGCUCUUUCACUUCGACGGAGGCGCAAACGGAGCUGCCCCUGCAAAAUGGUCCAGAGGCCCUCGAGGAACUGGACGGCGUACGCGGUGCCCGUAGAAGGGAGAGACGUAUGCGAAGACAUCGCCGAGCCUUGAGAUCAUGUUCGAUGCCACCGACUUAUCCUGGUGCAUCGCCGGGAUGUCAGGCUUCCUCUACCGCGCCUGGGGUACCGUUGGUCGCACCCGCCAGAGGAUUUUUACAUCCUCCCCCGCCUCAUUUGGGUCUCAGGGGUCUUAGCCUCGGUCUACCGUUUCCGGUUUCCACCAGUGUCUCUGCUUUUGGCAGGGACGCAGUACCGAAGCAGUGUUGCGGCCUUAGUUCCCCCCCUGUACGUUGGUCCAUACUGGGUGUCGGCGUGGUGGGUCUCGUGUGCGCGGGUGCUGGCGCCCUGCUGGGAGCCCUCAGGGCUUCGGGUCGCGAUCACAUUGCCGUAGCGCUUCUUAUGAUCGGUAUAGGAGUGGUUCUGGUAACUGUGAGCGCUGUAGCGUGGCGAGUGACCAGUCGAGAAAAUUGCGGCAGUUUCUUUGGUUUCACAGGGAUCUCGAGCAGGAUUCCACCGGCGAGGCCGAUUCAUCCUUACGCUGCCAUGAUUUAUCCGGAAUUUCAGUUUAGAACGCCACCUCCGAGCUAUCAGGCAAGCAUGCAAGAGUACAGAUUAAGAUUGUUACUCUUGGAUCGUUUGCAACCGACAUCCUCGCCUCCGCCGACCUACAGAUCUAACGCCGGAAGUAUCGUGACUCCCGGUACAACCAGAGAAAGCAGACCGCCUAGUUACUGCGCUAGAUCGAACGCUGCGGCGAACGCGAAUGUCGUGCCUUCGAAGAAGGACGCGAAUCUGGUCAGAAUCGUUCAGACCGAAUCGGAGCCGGUAAUUUUGAGCGGGGAUCAAACUCCUCCCGUCGCUGCCGUUGAAGUACUCGCGCAUCUCUGAUUCAUUCCAAUCGUUUUCUCUUUAUGGAUCGAUCGUAAAGGUAAUGUUUUAUUCGAUGAUUUAGCGAAAAGAAUCAUCUGUCUGUAGUGCAAUAUAGUUGUAUCGUUCAGUUUUCUUUGUCUAACUCUAGAUUUUUAUGAAUCGUAACGAACGUUAAUGAAUUAUGUUUGAUGGAAACGACGAAUAAAAGUGCUUUUGCGCCGCGCGACUGGCGUUAGUGUCGUGCCAUUUGCAGUCGCUGGCAGAUUAGCGCUGUUUGCAUUGGAUGAAACUAAAUAUCAUACAAAACCGUGAUAAUUGUGGUCAUGGUUAAAGUAAUGGAUCUCGACAUUGUCUUUUAUUCUUUUACCCGUUUCAGUGGAAAGAAUAGAAGACUAACGCUAUUGGAAAGAAAUGCAGACGAGAUUAUAAACGUUUUACUGUAAAAAAAAUUAUUUUCGCAGUUAGCGAUGAAAUUAGAUGAUACUUAAAAAUUGAAUGAAAGUUUCGUUACUUAGGUACCUUAGAAACUUUUGAAAUUGCGAAACCAUGUUACCUUACUAUAACACACGUAUUUUGCAUAAAGCUGUAUCCAGAAAUAAUAUCGCUCUCUGAAAUCAGUUUAAGGAUUAACUUAUUCUAUACAAAAGAAAGGCAACUUUUGGAAGCGUCGCUUUGUAAAUAUCAGUGUUGAAAUUUUAAAGCUGUAAUUUGUAAAAUAGUAUGUUACAAAAAGGGUGCGUGAUACGGAACGUGUUGAUUAUGUGUAGGUCUUCCUGUUGUUACAAUUACUCAUACAUAACUUCAAGAACAAAGACCAUUCGAAAAUAGUAUUUUUCGUAUUAAUCAACGUGUUAUAGAAUGGUUUUGUAAUAAUUAUAAUUAAUCAAUGAUAGCACUAAUAGCGACAAAACCAUUUCUCUUCUUUCUUUUUAAUCAAACUAUGAGAUUAUUUCUAUAUAUUUUCCAAAUUACUGUCUAAAUUAUUGAAAGCUGCAUCAAUUUGUUAAGAAUGGUACUUUAGUGGAUAAAUAAAUAAUGCAGCUUUAGAGGUAACAAUGCUGCCGCAAGCUUUAACGCCAUACAGUAAUAUUACUGCUCGCUUUAUUAUCGCGACUUGUGACGACGACAAUUUAUCGUCUAAAGUCGAUGUAAAAGAAACGAGAAUCUCGUGUGUUGCGUACAAUAUAUACAUAUUUUUGUAACUAUUAUUUGAUGGUUAAAAACCCGAGUUACUGUCGGUUUUUAUAUACAGUAAUUAUAAUUUUAUAAAAACGAAAAUUUAUAUGUAAAAUUUUAGACUUCGUUCAUCGAUUAACAUCGAAAUAUUCAUUAAUCGCUUAGUUAUUUUUAUAAUUAAAAACUUCAACGACUAAAAAGAUACUGCAAAAUACUCAACGAAUGAUCUUCAAAUUUAUACUAAUAAGUUUCCUUUUUUGAUAUCUCUUUUGAGAAUAAUUUUUAUUCCAAAGUUGUUUGUACUUACUGUUUUUUAAAUUAUGAUUAUUUUGUUACUGUUGAAUCGGUGUAGGUAAAUAACAUUACAGUUAUACCGUAGUUCACCAGAGUCCAUAACUGCGACGCGCAGGUUGGAAGAUGGUGGGGGAACGCAACGAGCUCUCUGCUAAUCG